GAGCCGGCAGCACAGGCCAAUAGGCAAUUAGCGCGCGCCGGGCGGCCUUCCCCGCGCGGGACCCGGGAGGUCUGAACGGAAGUUCGACCCCUCGGCGACCCGACGGCGAGACGCCGCCCCAUCCCCGACUACCUGAACCGCGCCAGGAGACGGAGCGCAAGUCCAGCGUACCCACUGACGACUCAGGCGGGAGACGAGAGGUAUCAUGGCCGCCGACAGUGACGAUGGCGCAGUUUCAGCUCCCGCAGCUUCCGACGGUGGUGUCAGCAAAAGCACAACAUCUGGGGAGGAGCUGGUAGUCCAGGUUCCCGUAGUGGAUGUGCAAAGCAACAACUUCAAGGAGAUGUGGCCAUCCCUCCUGCUAGCCAUAAAGACAGCUAAUUUCGUGGCUGUGGACACGGAGCUGAGUGGGCUUGGGGACAGGAAGAGUUUGCUGAACCAGUGCAUCGAGGAACGUUACAAGGCCGUGUGUCAUGCUGCCAGGACCCGUUCUAUCCUUUCCCUGGGCCUCGCCUGCUUCAAGCGGCAGCCAGACAAGGGUGAACAUUCCUAUCUGGCUCAAGUGUUCAAUCUCACUCUGCUGUGCAUGGAGGAGUAUGUCAUAGAACCAAAGUCUGUGCAGUUCCUGAUACAGCAUGGCUUCAACUUCAACCAGCAGUAUGCCCAAGGCAUCCCCUACCAUAAGGGCAAUGAUAAGGGUGAUGAGAGCCAGAGCCAGUCAGUACGGACUCUAUUCCUGGAGCUAAUCCGAGCCCGCCGGCCCCUGGUGCUACACAAUGGCCUUAUAGACUUGGUGUUCCUGUACCAGAACUUCUAUGCACACCUCCCUGAGAGUCUGGGAACCUUCACCGCUGACCUGUGUGAGAUGUUCCCAGCAGGCAUUUAUGACACCAAAUAUGCUGCUGAGUUUCAUGCCCGUUUCGUGGCCUCCUACUUAGAAUAUGCCUUCCGGAAAUGUGAACGGGAAAAUGGGAAGCAGCGGGCAGCUGGCAGCCCACACCUUACCCUGGAGUUCUGCAACUAUCCUUCCAGCAUGAGGGACCAUAUUGAUUACCGCUGCUGCCUGCCCCCAGCAACCCACCGUCCUCAUCCCACCAGCAUCUGUGACAACUUCUCGGCUUAUGGCUGGUGCCCCCUGGGACCACAGUGUCCUCAGUCCCACGAUAUUGACCUUAUCAUUGACACUGAUGAGGCUGCGGCAGAGGACAAGCGGCGACGGCGACGACGUAGGGAAAAACGGAAGAGGGCUUUGUUGAACCUACCAGGGACACAGACCUCUGGGGAAGCUAAGGAUGGUCCUCCCAAGAAGCAGGUCUGUGGGGAUAGCCUCAAGGCUGAAGAAACCGAGCAGGAGGUGGCUGAGGAUGAAACUAGGAACCUGCCUCACUCCAAGCAAGGCAACAAAAAUGACUUAGAGAUGGGGAUUAAGGCAGCAAGGCCUGAAAUAGCUGAUACAGCUACCUCAGAAGUGCCAGGGAGCCAAGCCAGUCCUAACCCAGUGCCUGGGGAUGGAUUGCACCGGGCUGGUUUUGAUGCCUUUAUGACAGGUUAUGUGAUGGCCUAUGUGGAAGUGAGCCAGGGACCGCAGCCCUGCAGCUCUGGACCCUGGCUCCCUGAAUGCCACAAUAAGGUAUAUUUGAGUGGCAAAGCUGUACCCCUCACAGUGGCCAAGAGCCAGUUCUCCCGUUCCUCCAAAGCCCACAAUCAGAAGAUGAAGCUUGCUUGGGGCAGUAGCUGAUGCAACUUCCACCUUGCACUCAGGUGGAACAGAGGUAUUUUGGGUCUCUCUAGCCUGAAAUGUCAUCCUCAACUACUAUUGAGUUUAGGGGAGGGGGAAUGUCCUGACAGACAUCACUGCAUUGCCCUGGACCACUUCCUUUAUCCCAGUGUCUGAGGUACAAGUAAGAAGGCUGACCAGCACCUGUAACACCGACUUUAUUUUUGAAGUCUGAAAAUGUCUUGGGAAAGUUUUACAAAAAAAAAUCAACAGAAGCAAGUUAUGAAAA